AUGCUUGAUUCGGCCCAAUAUGUUGUGAUAUUGAUUGGAGUUUGGACGAUUCUUGGAGAUAACGAUAUUGAUGUAGUCAAAGUCCCUAUCAAAGAGCUCUUUGGAUCAAAUCAGCCGUCUCUUCUGUUAACUAACAGUGGUGAUGAUAAUAAUGGCAUAAGUUUGGUGACACGGAGUGUGAGUGUCACGGGAUGCUACCCGAUUGUUCAACCGGAAGCAAAUGUUGGGACCAGAAAUGUCACUGUAUCACCAGUCAGAUGGAUACCAAAACUAUUCACCACCGCAAAUGCAACCGCAACCACAAAAUUGGCCAUCUCAACUACAAUCGCUCCACUGAUACCUUUGGUCAAGCUUAUUAUCAAGAGAAGUGGUGACAUGGAUCUCAUCAAUGAGAAAGAGAAAGACCGGGGACGAAACAGAGGCUUUGCUGAUAGAAAGACUUGGAGAGUACUAGAGGUGUUGCUGUUGAGGAUUCAGAAAGUAUAA